GGCUCCCCGCGGGGAGGUUUCUAGCUUGUGAAUGAGGGGUACCUGGAAACCGAUGUAACAUUUAUUGUGUGUUUGUUACUCAGCGUUCCAGAUUUUAAAGCCGGUUGUGUUGAGAGUUGUUUGUGCCGAACAAAAAGAAGGGUUUACAUUUAACUACAGGAUUGCAACUCCGGAGAAAUGAAAUUCCAGUACGAGAACAUGCAGUGCAACCUGAAGCAUUAAUCAAAGAACCGCAAACGAGCAGGUCGCAUUUGCCUGCCUGCUGCUGGAAAAUUAUUUUUAAAGGGCUUGAGUUGAACCGAAGAGCCAGAACGAACAGAGCGGGGGGAUAAAACACAUGCUUUUGCUUAACUUGCAGAAAAAAAAACAAAUUCUCGGCUCAGAAACCUGGAAGAAGCGCGGCACCAUUUCUUCAGAAAAAAGUGGGAUUCUGAGAGAACACGGACGGAACAGUGCCAGCUAAGUGACUUUUUAACAACAGAACUUACUAAAGGAUAGAAAGUUUGAACAAAAAAAGUUUACUUUUAGCUAAUGUUUCGAUGAAGAUUUAAACUUAAAUCUGGAGGAACUUGCUUUUUUAAAGAAGAAUAUUUAAAAUAAAAACGGCAAGUCAAGAGCUGCUGAACCCAGAUAAUGAAUAUUCUGCAGAGAUGAGCCUUAGUGAGGGAAUGCAAUAAAGGUUGUUGUUUUUGUUUUGUUUGGUUUUUUUUUUAACGCACUUGCGUCCAAGGACAUUAAAACAACCGUGUUGACUUUUAAUUUGUUUCAGUAGCUACAUUUAAUUGAAAAAAUAGUUUUGUCUUUAUUUUUUUAUAACCCGGACUUUUUUUUUUUUUUUUCUUUUACGGUUUGAACAAAAAAAAAUACCCUGACUAAAUAUGGCAAUGUUUAAGAAAGAUAAUUGCUUUUCCUGGACUGUUUGUGUGUUGGCUCUGUGUGCCUUGUUGAGCCCGCAGAAGACGACUGGACAGUAUCACGGAGAGAAGGGCAUUUCAAUUCCUGAGCACGGGUUUUGCCAGCCGAUCUCAAUUCCGCUGUGUACGGACAUUGCUUACAAUCAGACCAUCAUGCCCAAUUUGCUGGGUCACACGAACCAAGAGGACGCCGGGCUGGAGGUGCAUCAGUUUUACCCUCUGGUGAAGGUCCAGUGCUCUCCCGAUCUCAAGUUUUUCCUGUGUUCCAUGUAUGCCCCGGUCUGCACUGUUUUGGAACAAGCCAUCCCGCCUUGCAGGUCUCUCUGUGACCGAGCCAGGCAGGGCUGCGAAGCGCUGAUGAACAAAUUCGGAUUUCAGUGGCCGGAAAGACUGAGAUGCGAGAAUUUCCCAGUGCACGGCGCCGGCGAGAUCUGUGUCGGACAGAACACCUCAGAUACCGGCAGCCCGACUCCUUACCCGUCCCCCUACAUUCCGGACCUGAUCACGCUGCCGCCCAACACUGGCGCCCGCCCAAGUCAGCCUUUCUCGUGUCCAAGGCAGCUCAAAGUCCCCACAUACCUGAACUAUCACUUCUUGGGGGAGAAGGACUGUGGCGCCCCCUGUGAACCAACUAAACAGAACGGGCUUAUGUACUUCAGAGAAGAGGAAGUGAAGUUUGGCAGGUUGUGGGUUGGUAUCUGGUCCAUCCUGUGCUGCGUCUCCACACUGUUCACUGUGCUCACCUACCUGGUUGACAUGAGGCGCUUCAGAUACCCGGAAAGGCCCAUCAUUUUCCUGUCCGGCUGCUAUUUCAUGGUGGCAGUGGCCUAUGCCGCUGGCUUCUUCUUGGAGGACAAGGUGGUCUGCAUUGACAAGUUUGCUGAUGAUGGCUACAAAACAGUGGCACAGGGGACCAAGAAGGAAGGCUGCACCAUUCUAUUCAUGAUCCUCUACUUUUUUGGCAUGGCAAGCUCCAUUUGGUGGGUCAUCCUAUCUCUUACCUGGUUCCUCUCAGCUGGAAUGAAAUGGGGCCAUGAAGCCAUUGAAGCCAACUCCCAGUACUUCCACCUGGCAGCCUGGGCAGUGCCAGCCGUCAAGACCAUCACCAUCUUGGCUAUGGGGCAGGUGGACGGGGACCUCCUGACUGGGGUGUGCUAUGUUGGCAUCUACAACGUGGACUCCCUCCGUGGCUUUGUCCUGGCGCCCCUGUUUGUCUACCUCUUCAUCGGUACCUCUUUCCUCCUCGCCGGCUUCGUCUCCCUCUUCAGGAUCAGGACAAUAAUGAAGCACGACGGCACCAAGACGGAGAAGCUGGAGAAGCUGAUGGUUCGGAUCGGAGUCUUCAGCGUCCUCUACACUGUGCCGGCCACCAUCGUCAUUGCGUGCUACUUCUAUGAGCAGGCUUUCAGGGAGCAGUGGGAGAAGACCUGGCACAAGCAGACCUGCAAAAGCUUUGCAGUCCCCUGCCCUGGCAACGACUUCGCCCCCAUGACUCCAGACUUCACAGUUUUCAUGAUCAAGUACUUGAUGACCAUGAUUGUGGGGAUCACUUCCGGGUUCUGGAUAUGGUCUGGGAAAACCUUGCAGUCCUGGCGCAGGUUUUACAGCAGACUCAGCAACAGCAACCAAGGCGAGACCACUGUAUGAACUCGGCAAUCUCGGUUGGCAAACCAGAACAGUACUGCAGCUACUGCUAACUGAGACAAGGCCAAGCCUAGGUUUUUGUAUCAGAAAACUACCACCAUAGUAGUAAUAAUCAUGGCCUUACCAUCCCAAGUUAUGUAACAAGUUUUAAACUGUUUAAUCACAGUAUGGCAUUGUAAUUUUGUGGACUGUUGUCAGCCAGUCAGUAUUUGAUCAGCAGUGGUUGAAAUGUGGUGUUUUUGGGAACAGGUGGUCUAAGACAGCAAACAAAACAAAAAAACUGAAGUGACCAAGUUCCAAAUUUGAGGAGCAAAUUUGUGUUUUGGGGGGGGGGGGGGGGGGGGUUGUUUUUUUUUUAGUGUGAAACUGGCAUUUUCCUCUUAUUGUGCCAAGAAAUGUAAUGCCUAUAUCUGCUGCCAAUUUCGAGCGAAUUGUUGUACACAUCCAGUCACUGCAUAAUAUAUAUUGGGGGGGGGGGGGGCUUUAUAGCAAAGUAUUAAGUUUAACUGAACAGUAAGAAUUUCCUUAAUUCUUCUAGGAAUUCCGCUGUUUCCAGAGCUGCACAUUUUUUGUUUUUUGUUUUUUUUCCCCCCACAGUUCUCUCAAGCAGAGGGGUGAGGGGUCCAGAACAAAGUAGGUAGUAUUAAUUAGUGUACACUUUUUUUUUUCCUUUUAGAAAGCAAAUGUAUUUUAACACAAAGCUAAAACCCUUAUUUUGGAUUCCAAGUGCUGAUUUAUAGACCCUGUAUCUUUAUGCAGUGAUCACAGUCAAAAUUAAUAUUAAUAUUCUCAUCCUUUUUAUAUGAAGUUUCUAUAACCCAGCUUAUACUGCAGUUUUCUCACAAUGAAUACAGUUCAUUUAAUAAGAACUGUUUCUUCUCCGAAAAGAUUUGAUUUGGUAAUCAGUCAUCUUCUUGCCAGUAACUUGUGAGAGCUUAGAAAGUCGGUUAUCUUUUUAAGUUGGAACAUUUAAAAUAUAUGGCAACUUUUGCAAGAAAGAUAAUCCUUAUCCUGUAGCACAAACUGAUGGCCAUUUUAAGGUGUUUUUUUUUUUUUUUGGUGGUACCAGUUUUUUAUACAUGUGUAUAGCUGUAAAAAUAUGCAAGCGACUGCAGUGUAAAUAUUGCUUCACUUUUUUUUUUUCUAAAAGAAUAUAUAUGUAUUUAUAAAGUAAUUUUGCUGGUUUUUAUUUGACUUUUUUAAUACAGUAAGACCUC